GUGUGGGACUUACAAAUUUUAAUUAAUUUAAACAUGGAAAACAACAUAAAUUGGCGUGAAGGGAAAAUCAUGGCAUAUGUGUCAAUACUAGACGCUUGUCGUAGACACAGCAAUGCAGUAGGGCCGCAUCUCAAAGUGCUCGAGUCUACUUCAUCUCAAUGUCAAAGCCAGUGGCAUUGAAUACGCUUGCAACUGCAGUGGAACUAGGUCUAGUGGCCAUUGUUUGGGCUGUGUAUGGCCAACCAUCCGAAUAGCCCACCACCACCACCACCACCAUCACCACCAUAGCAAGCACAUAACAAAAGAGGUACGCCACAUACUAUACGAUACGGCAUGUCAUAUGGCAUAUACAAUUGCUUAUAUGUACAUAUAUCUAAAUAUGAAAAUCUAGGCAAAUUGGCAGACAGCAGCACAAAGUAGAGAAGCCAAAAGGCCUAACGAUUUAUUUGCAAAACGUCGGUAGGUCUUGAGACAACCAAAUAUUGGGAAAUGACGCUGCAAUUGCAAAUUGAGAAGUUGAAAGGCUUGGAUAAUUACAAAGCGUGGUCGAUGACAGUGCGUGCGUAUUUGGAGUCCGAAGAUCUAUGGACGGUUGUUGAGAAUGGACCGGAGAACAAUGAAGAGUCACUGCUGAAGGAUAAACGAGCCAAAUUCCUGAUACUCUGCUUGAUAGAAACGAAGCUGUGUCAGUUUAUGGUCAGCAUACGCACGGCCCGAGACCUUUGGAAUUAUUUGCGCACUCAGCAUUCACUUCGUUAGGGCGUCCAGAUUUUCUGUGCGAAAUCGAGAAAAGAAACCAAUAAAAAUAUGACAUAAAUAUUGGCCCCAGCA